AUAAUCUAUAUCGCGUUAGCCGGACAGGUACCUAUCCGUAGAUAUACAGCUUUUUGUUGUGUCAGCUUUUUUCAUUUAUUAUUUUUACUUUUCAAAAAUUUCAUAUAUUUGAAAAUACAACCAACGAGAUAAAAAAUGAAAACGAGAUGAAAGAGGUAGCAGGUUAGGCAAUUAUCAAUAUUUUACAUACCUGCCUAUGAAAAGAAAAUAUAUUUACGAGAAUAAUUUUGAAAUAGGGCAUUAGAGACCCACGUGGUUACGAAGCUUAGUUCAUAAAACGAAAAAAAUGUCAUAUAAUAAUAAUAUAUACCCUUUCAUAGGUGGGAUGAGCGGCUAUCAGUUUUCAAAAAUGUAAAUAAACUGUUGCAAUAAUAUACCCAAGUGUGUUAGAUAUUGAUAUCAUUAAUCCAACUAUUUUCAUCUGUCCUACGUAUUUUUAAAAAUGUACGUAUGUUAUUUAUCCAUGAUAGGAGUAGUCGUACGUAACGGUUAAAAAUUAAAUAAAAAAAACUACUCAAGCGCGUCAGUUUUUCUAAGGGGAUGUUAAGUGAACCUAAAAAAAGUUCUUAUAUAAUAAUCCAGCGAUUUGGAUUUUACACAAACUUACGGCCAAUAUAAGAAUCUGCAAAAAAUGUCAUUUUGAAAUAUUUAAGCGCGUUAAAUUAAGAUAAAUAUGAAAAAAAUAGCCACGCUCAAGAAUAUGGAGAUUACUUUUUUUACAACUUUGUAGCCCUCCCUCUUUAUUGUCAGAAAUUGUCUGAUUAGUGAAAUAUACACAUUUUAGCUAACUCAUCCAACCUUAAUCUGACGCGCUCGAGAAUUUCAGAUGGUCAAUUUUUUUUUAAAAACUUUAUACUUUUCCCUAAAACAACUUAAGAUAUCUUAUAGGUCGUGAAUAAACUCCACUACAUAUAUCAAAUUUGUCUUGUAUUUGCCGAUUGUCGCAAAAAGCGUAUUUAUUUAUUUAUUCAAGUCAAAUAUUCAAUACCAAAACUCUAGCAAGGUAGAAAAAACUGCAUUAUAUUUGAACUUCCCAGAUGCAAUCAAAACCUACUAGAAGCAGAGGUAACAAGAUUCUGGAGGAUGUGCAUCCACUUCACAUCAUUAUGGAGGUACAGAAGUGGCCGGCGUUGUAUGUACGCGAUUGUCCAGAACGCGCCGCGCCGCACUUCCGCAUGAAGUUAUGGACGGAAGUAGCUAAAGCCGUCAUCCCCGACUGGGAGAUAUACUCCAAAGCUGAGAAGCAGUCCAAACUUACAGAUCUAAUCAAGAAAUGGAGGAAUCUGAGGGACACCUUCAAACGUCAAUUAGAAGUGGAAAAGAAGAUUCGUGAGGGGCAAAACAUUAAAAAGAAGGUGUAUGUGUAUUUUAAACAUAUGGCUUUCCUGCUACCGCAUCUGGACACAGGUGAAGAGGAGAUACUGGCUACACCCGCCUCUAACAAAAUACGUCGUCGUCGCUUGAGCACCCGCGACCCCGAGACAGUAGCUAAUUCCAUCGCCAACUUAGAAGAAAUCGACGAAGACCGCCACUUUCUCAUGUCUCUGGUGCCCUCGUUUCGUCGUAUGUCAGAUGACGAGAAGCUAACCGCCAAAAUGGAGAUCCUUAAGGUGAUCCGCGAUGUUCGUGGUAGUAGCAACACGUUUGCGACGGAUACUCUAGCCGGUACCUCGUUGGAUAGCAUCAAGCAGGAGACCCUCGUCGACAUAGAUGUCGACCAAAACGUCGAAGGCGAGGUCGAUAGUGAUGAUGAUGAGGCGGAAUGAGUGCAUUAACUGUCAGAAUUCUGAUAAAGAUAAAAGGCGAUGUAACGUGAAACUAUUUCUAAAACAGUGUUGAUCUCAAAGAGUGACUUAAUGAAGGUUGUGACAUAAAUAAUGUGAUUCUAAAAUUAUUUUAAUACAGAGUUUUAUUCGAAUAAAGAAUUACCGAUUAACGACACUUACACAAUUAAGUAAUGAUAUCGCUCACGGUAUUGUCAUCCUGAAGUUUGCGACUACUACAGUGAAAUAUAAAGAUACUGAGACAUAAACGACUAUUAUUAAAAACAACACAAACACCAAUAUCUUAUCAGCAUCAGCUAGCGCCAUGGUCACCACGAGGGCGACGCCACAUACGAUGAAUACCAAUAAAUAGACGAGCAUAAACCAAACGUAGAGCUCGCAGAGUGCCUCGCUUAGAUAAAUGGUUGCGAUGAGUAGUAAGAUGUUACCAGCGCAGAGUAGCACCCCGAACACGAAACAAGUGAAGUCCAUGGGCUUAACGGCAGCAUAGGGCACGCCUAGUCCCUUAGCGGUAGUAUUACCGGCGUCAGAAUAUAUGAACAUGAGUAGAGCUGCUGUGAGCACACCCAGCACCGCUAUAAACAUGCAUGAAUACCGCAGGGGCACGCGCCCGCAACAACUGUACACGACAGGACAGUUCUCCAA